AUGGGCACCUGUCCUCCAGUACUUCCCACAUACCCGGCCGGCAGUGGGGUAGAUCGCUUCAAACACACCACGCACUACUACUACUACUACUACUACUACUACUACUACUACUACUACUACUACUACUACUACUACUACUACUACUCUUCCUCUUUCGUUCUCUAUCUUGGCUCCCCCGCUCGCUCUCUUGUCCCCUCCAGCAUCCGGCGGCCAUCGACCUGCUUGUCCUCUCUUCAACCUCCCCGCCUACGCCACUGGACAUUUCAAACCGAGCCACAUCUUCUUCCCCGUGCUACCCCGCGUCACCAGAUUUGCGAUCCCCCUUUUUUUCUCCCGCCUCGUCUUUGA